AUGUUAAGCGUGGGAGGUGACCCAUAUCUUCUGAUCUCCGAUCUUUCGAGUGAGAAAAUACAAUACGCAAAGGUUUACUUCAACUUAUUUAUCCCCGAUUUGCUUUCUUUCGCAGGCUACCAGGAAAGCUCGGGUAGCUUCAACUGCCUCAAAAUCGUUAUGAUCGCUGACAAUAUUUUCGGCCUACUGUUUGAAAAUUGUUCCUCAAUCCCCAUCAUUAAUAUUGACUUUAACGCAAAAUCGGCAGUGCUGGUGAAGAUGUUGAAUUUUGAUGGCUGGGUUGUUGACUUUGCAUCGUUUCAAUCAGAAUCCGGGUCUUGUUGCUCCGUUGUAUUUCUGGUGUCUGGAAAGCAGUCUGUUUAUGUUUCCAGCUUUAAUUGCAAGAGCUUUGAUUUAUCGGAGCCUGUGUGUUUCGACAUUCAAGACGAUUUAUUGGAUUUAAAAUCAAUUUCCGAUUGUUCCUUGGUGUUAAGGCAGCUGUUUUCAUGGAACAUCUUUCGACGUGGAUACAAUUGGUCCGAAAAGCAGGAAAAGCAAUCUAGAUAUAAGAAAGAUCCGCAGCAAUCGUAA